AGUUAUCAAGAGUGUCUGAUCCAGUGUUUGUCAGAAGUGUUUAUCUGAAACAUCUGGAGAAAAUGUUUACUGUGGUUUUCAUCUGUUUGUGCUCGUGGAGUCUGGAGGGUGUGUUUGGUUCUGAGUUCGUCUCUGUGUCUGUGAUGGAGGGAGAUUCUGUACUUCUGUCUGUGAAUAUUACUGAAGCACAGAGACGUGAUGGAAUCAUGUGGACAUUUGGUUCAAUUCCUAUAGCUAAACUCAAGCCUGAUAAUAAAUAUAUAUAUUAUAAUGGCACUGAUGGGAUGUUCAAAGACAGACGGAAGCUGAAUGAGACGGGAUCUCUCAUCAUCACAGACAUCAGAAUCAAACACUCUGGACUUUAUUAUAUCUCCACAACCAGCGAAGAGAAGCCAUUCAAGAUAUUCAACAUUACUGUCUAUACUCAUCUGGCUGCUCCCAUCAUCAGCAGAGACCUUUCACAAAACUCUUCAUCAUCAAAUUGUUCUGUGUUGUGUUCAGUGAUGAAUGUGACACAUGAUGUGAGUCUCUCCUGGUACAAAGGAAAGAGUUUAUUGUCCAGUAUCAGUGUGUAUGAUCUCAACAUCAGACUCUCUCUACCUCUGGAGGUGGAAAAUGAAGACAACAACACAUACAGCUGUGUCAUCGACAAUCACAUCACAAACCACACAAAACAUCUCAACAUCGAUCAUGUCUGUCACACGUGUUCAGAAUUCUCCUGCUGUUGUGGUUUUACUAAAGCUGUGAUCCGUUUGGUCAUCUCUGCUCUGGUUGUCGUGGCUACUGCUGCUGUUCUGGUUUAUGAUAUUAGAUCAGGGGCGGUUCUAGACCCUAUUUAGGUGGGCUUCAGCUACCCUCUCUGUCAUCUUUGCCCCCCUAAACCUUCAGCUCUCAAAAUAUCAGAACCUUUCGAAAAAAUGAAACGUACACAGAUUGACACGCAGGUAGUUGUGAGUUCAUGCUCUUGGCUGUUCUGCGCAUGCAUGGUGGCCUUUUGUAAGUGCGUUGCCAUGGCUGCCGGCGAGGCAGACUUCAUCUGAAUGAAGAAGAACAGUCAAUACCGCCGGACUGAGCCGUGGGCAACAAACUCAUCAUCAAACAUCCUGUGUACAAGUUUAAAUGAGAUGUUUUCUGAUGUGAUGACUAGAUUGAUAGCCACAAGAGUGCCAUGUCUGUGAGAUCUGAGAUAAUACGCAGACUCAAAUUAUCUGACGGAUGUCCUGCUGCUUUAUUCAAGAACUCUUGAUCAUGUUUUGCAGAGUAAAGUAACUGUUUUAAGUUGACCACAUUAAACAGAACAUUUCUUCUUGAA